UUGACUGUAUUUGACACAUUUUGAUGACAGAACUCUGAUCCGGUUUGAUUUUACAACGGAAGAGUUUUGCAACUGUAUGCUAUCAUGAAAGUUAUUGAACUACGACCAAAUACAGCCUUAAUUAAUCAGAAUUUUGAAAAGUAUCAGUUUUCGGCAGAAAUUGUACCCGUUGAAAUCGUAACAAGUCUCGAAAAAGAUGUCUUUCGAGUGGAAGUAAGUUCGUCUCAAGAGUCAUGGCUUGAAGCUAGAUUAUUUGCAUUUCACAAUCAUCUCUUUAAAAAUCCCUUUGAUAUGUCAUGCUGGUUUGUUGACGUGGAUGGAAGAGUUUGGCGACUAGAACAGGAUGGCACUUUGAAACCUGUUGGGACGAUUACGAUUCAAAGCGACAAGUACCAUGGUUCCAUGUACAACCCAUCGAUUAAAUUUGGUUCAAGAAACAUUGCGGUGAUAUCCAAUGGUUGUGGAAACUUACAGAUUAUAAUUGAAAAUGGUAAUGAAGGAACUAAGCCGUUUACUUUUGAUAUCGAUUGUGGUAUCGUCAUGGAUGCACAGCAUAUAAAGGAUAAAAAAUUGACAAUUGUCACACUAUGCAGUGUAGUAGAUAUUGAUGGAAAGAAAUGUUCACGAAUUACAUUACUCUCUUACCUUCAUGAAAUACAAGAAGAUUCAGUAGAAGUGGUAACUUUCAAAUCUAAACAGACUCUGAGAGUACGAGGUGCCGUGGAAUGCAUUUAUAUGGAAAGAAAUGGUAAUUACAUACAGAUUGUUAGUCAAGAGGCUGCAGCUUUUGAACACGACGAAUCAUCUUCCAAUGAAGAUAACGCGUCUAUGGAAAAAGAUGUUGAAGUGGCCAAAACUCCACGCUAUUAUUGGUCUCAGGAUGAAGACACCCUUACAGUGUUGUUUAAGGUACCAAAUAACAGUGAGAAAAGUAAACUUAAAAUAAAUGUAGCUCCAUUUAGCAUAUCCAUCUUAUUGGAUGAUAUAAUAUUAUUACAAGGGAAUACUCGACAUAGAUUAGAAUCAGAAUUGACCACCUGGGAACGUGAGAAAGAUACUUUAAAAGUUAAUCUUUUCAAGUUUGAAUGUGGUUUAAUGUGGAACGAAUUGAUCGAAGGGGACAUUGGUGCAGAAUACCUGCCUAAUGAAACAUUAGCUGCUGAAAUUCACUUAAGGUUGGCACAUUUGUGUACAGAUAUGCAAGAUAACAAGUCUACAGAUCAAGCUGCAAUUGGAUUCAAUGCAGAACAAAUGGAAGAAUGUGAUUUACUAGGCAAAGAACAUUGCCUGCAAAGAAUUAAUUUCAAUAGCUAUGAAACAACACAUUUAAUAAAUUUUGGUACAUACAAUACAAUACUUUUUACAUGCAGCCUAAAACAUGGUCAAGCUCUGUGCUUGAGACAAGAUCACGAUGGCUGUGUAUGGGAAACCGAAGAAGUUGAUAGUGAAGAUUGGAAUUUGGAGCAUGUACAUACCUUUCCAGGAUUUGGUUAUAUCGAAGCCAGUAAAACGAACAAGAAAUUCUGCAUUUCACCACCUGAUUGGUCUUAUAUUGCCAUAAUUGAACAUACUCGUCAUGUAUUCAUCUACGAAACACCCAAAAAAGAUGCACAGGUAGGGAGACAACGAAUUCUGGAUUUAGGUUGUGAAGCGGCACAUAUUAUGGGUGUCUGUGCUACUAAAAAGUAUUUAAUUCUAUUGACAAAAAAUCAACUCUAUCACGUACGAGUUAACUCGUAAAGCAUGUUAAAUUUAUUGGUAACA